CAAACUUCCUGUCAAGCGUCGCCGUCACAUGACGGCGCCGUGGAGCCGCGGCUACUGCGCAAGGGAGGAAGCAGGCUGAGUGUGUGUGUGUGUGUGUGUGUGUGUGUGUAUGUGUGUGUGUGUGUGGAGAAACCUGCCGUGCAAAUGUCCACAAUCUCGAACAGAGCUGAAGCGUCAGACUGAAGCGAUGCUGGGAUCAACCGGCGCUCAAAACCUACAUCUUUGCAGCCUGAUGUAGAGGAUCGGUCGGAGUGAAUCAGGCGCCGCAGUCAAACAGAGAUGAAGUGCUUCUUGAUCACCAGCGAACAAUCCGAGGUCCUCUUCUACUGGACCGACCAGGAGUUCCAGCAGAACAUCCAGGAGAAGUAUGGAGCCUCUCAGGAGGAGGGCCACGGGCUUCCAGCCUUUGAAGACAGCAUCAGCACCCAGUUUGCCCCCAUCAUCAUUUCCUUCAGCACCGUGCUGGAACAGCAUAGCGACAACUACACCUGCUUCACCACGGAAAACAACCACACCUACGUCCUGCAUCAGUUCGAUGAGUGUCUGUACAUCGCUGUGAACGGAGACGGCGAGGAGAAGGAGGACGACCUGCGCAGGAAGAUCUACGUGAUGAAGAAGAUGACCGAGGUGCUGUUCGGCAUGGUCACCCUCAGUGGAACGCUCUUGAAAAAAGAGUUGCGUCCUCAGGACACGGAGCAGCGGGCGAGGCUGUGGACGCGUCUCCAGGGCCUGCUGGAGACGUACAGCAGCCUGCGGGAGAACGACCAGAGCUUCCUGGUGGAGGCGGUGGAGAGGCUGAUCCACCCCACGCUGUGCGAGCAGUGCAUCGAGUUCCUGGAGCGGCGUUUAGUUCAGCAGCUCAACAGCAGUGUGGAGCGAGCCGGGGAGGAAGUGCUGCACGCCUUCAUCCUGGUUCACACCAAGCUGCUCGCCUUCUACUCCAGCCGUAAUGCAAGCACGCUCACCACCUCCGAUCUUCUUGCCCUCAUCAUCAUGGUGCAGAAUAUGUAUCCUAGCAACGUAGACUUGGACGACCAAAGUGCCGAGGAUGCGGAGAGCACAUCAGGCUCUGGUCCUGAAAGCUUUUACACCCCAGAGCCGUCCUCGAGUGACGGGAACUCCAGCAGUUCAGAGAGGCCAGUGAGGGGAAACACUCCUGUGUUUGAGUUUGUGGACCCAGACGUCCAGAUGGCAGAGGACCCCCUGCACACUCUGGACGCCAGCCCACCUGACCCCUCCACCCCUCGCAGGGUCUUCCUAGAGGUCUCCCUCAGAGAUGGGCUGUAUCCCAUGAUGCCUCACUCUAUGUACUGUCUCCCACUGUGGCCGGGGAUCACACUGGUGCUGCUGACUAAGAUUCCCACCAAUGCAGUGGCCAUGUCCGUUUAUAAGUUUUUGGAGGCUUUCGCUAAGCUGGAGAAGCGCUUAAGCGAGAUUCAGGGAAGUUCGGCGGCCAGCCGAGGCCAGCAGACGAUCCACGAAAUCCGCAGCAAGCUGGAUAAAUUCGUCAAAGCACUGGGGCAGAGUGAAAUACAGGCUGCACAGUUACAAAAUGCCUGGAGUGAGUUCAAGAGUAAAGCCUUUGGUCGGGGAGGACCUGGCUUCACCACAGACCUCAUCCCCUGCUGUAACAAUAUGAAGACCCAGCUGUGUGGUGUGUACCGACAGUGUUUCCUCGCCGAGUCUGGACCGUCGGACAUCAGCCGCCGUCUCUCCCCCGGUCUGCAGGAGCGAGCUCAGACCAUGGUGCAAGAGAAACUUGUGGACUGGAAGGAAUUCCUCUUGGUGAAAAGCAAAAGAAACAUCACUAUGGUGUCUUACCUGGAUGAUUUUCCCGGCCUCGUCCAUUUCAUCUGUGUGGACCGGUCCACCGGCCGAAUGAUCGCGCCGUCGCUCAACAUCAGUGAACGCACCACGUCUGAGCUGGGGAAGGGACCUGUGGCUCAGUUUAUCAAAAGCAAGGUGUGGAGCCUGGUCCGUACCACACGGAGCUACCUUCAGAAGGGCCACUCCACGGUCACGCUGCGCGAUGGAGAUUUCUACUUCUGCUACUUCCUCUGGUUCGAGAAUGAAACGGGCUACAAGCUGGAGGCAGGAGACAUCCCCGUCCUGCCAGACGACUCCGCACCCAUCGGGAUGCUCGCCUGGGAUUACUACAGGAAGCUGCUCCGAUACUACAGUAAGAACCACCAGGGCGAGGCUGUGAAGUGCUACGAGCUGCUGACGGUCCACCUGGGGGUCAUCCCCUCCGAGAUCAUCCUGCAGCACUGCAGACAGCUGGCCAGCAAACUGUGGGAGCCUUCGCGCAAUCCUCUGCUGUAGCCACACACACACACGCCCACACACUCCAGAGGAGAUCUGGGUCAGAGUAGCAAAGGUUCAUAUUUGUUGUGAUGCCUAUAAGAUGGAAGAAACAGAUUUGUCACUCUCAGUAGGUGCACUGCGUAUUCUUCCACUGCAGCUCUGAAAUUCCUGAUUUGAAGCACUUAACACUUGAUCAGCAGUAUUGAACACCGAUUGAUACCGAUUUAGGUUUUUUAUUGUUUUUUUUUUUUAUCAAGGAUUUCACUUUGCCCUUGUAUUAUAUCUUUAAAUAUACAAAAUCACCUAUUUUGCAUUGAAGUAUUGCUUCAGAUGUAUAUAAUUAAGCUGUGUAUUUUUAUUCACUUUUGGAAAAUCGCUCAACUUUAUUUAUAAAUUGCAAUUCAUAGUUAUUUGUAGAAAUGCAGAUUUUUCACGACUUUGUCCUACCGUGUGUGAAUGAAUAAUGCAACAACAAUCAUCCUGUCUAUUUUAAUAGAGAAUGU